AUCCCAUCCCCCAUCCCUCCUUCACCACCCCCCAAUCCCACCCAUUGCCUCACACACACAAUGGGCAAAAACAAGCGCCAACGCCUCGCGGGCGGCCCAGCCAAAAAAUACAAACCCCCCGCCAAGCCCACCCCCAAGCACCUCAAAGCCGGCUCCAAAGGCCCAGCCACCACCGCCGCCGCCGCGCCGGCGAAGAAAGUAGUCCCGCACAAGAAGCAGGCGCCUAUAAUCCCCUUUUCCCCUGCUGAUCGCAUACUCCUCAUCGGGGACGGGGAUUUAUCCUUCGCCGCUUCCCUAGUGAGCUCGCACGGAUGCGGACACGUCGUCGCGACGGUGCAGGAGAGGAAUAGGAAGGAGCUGGAGGAGAAGUACCCACAUGUUGGGGCGAAUGUAGAAGCACUGGAGGAGAAGGAGCAGAAGGUUGUGUAUAAUGUUGAUGCGGGGAGGAUGGGGGUUUGGGAUCGGGAGGGGAAGUGUGGGGGGGGAGGAAGAGGGGGGGAUGGAUAGGGUGAUUUUUAAUUUUCCGCAUGUGGGGGGGAAGAGUACGGAUGUGAAUCGGCAGGUUAGGUAUAACCAAGAACUCUUGGUUAAUUUCUUUAAACGCGCUAUACCGUCGCUGGCGCCGGGGGGGAGUAUCAUCGUCACCCUCUUCGAGGGAAUGCCAUACACGCUAUGGAAUAUUAGGGAUUUAGCACGACACAGCGGGUUCGCGGUGGAGCGGUCAUUCAAGUUCCAGGCUUCGGCGUAUCCAGGGUACCACCACGCGCGUACGACUGGGGUUGUAAAGACGGGGGCGGGAGAGGUGAGUGAGACGGGGUGGAAGGGGGAGGAGAGGCCGGCGAGGAGUUACGUGUUUGUGAAGAAGGACGAGGUUGCACCUGUAGUUUCUAAGAGGAAGAGAGGGGCUGAUGACAGCGACGAGGGGGAAAAGGAGGCUGUGGAAGGGCUGUCGGAAUUGGAAGAGCUGGAAGAGGAGGAUGUUGCGGCGGAUCACAGUGAAAGGGAGGAGGUGGACAGUGGGAGUGAGGGAGAAGGGGAAAAUGAAGAUUAA